AUGUUUCCUAGAAAUUUGAUCAUCUUUCUAUUGAUUUUGUGCUAUGUAAAAGCUGGAAAAAUCCUUGUUUAUUCUCCAUCGUACAGUGCAAGUCAUAUAAUCAGCAAUGGGCGAAUCGCUGAAACGCUUGCCGAGGCCGGUCAUGAAGUCGUUGUUUUAAUCCCCGAAUUUAUGAGUUCUCUAUCGAAUUUCACGGGUGGCAUUAAAAAGUCGAAAAUUCUGAGGAUCCCGGGAGUUGGUAAAGGAUAUGAGGACUUCGGUUUUGAGGGUGGUUUAAUGGACUCGGAAUUCGCGACUGUUUCCACUAGAGCUGCUUGGGAAGUUGAGGCGGCGAAAGUUUGCGAUCUGAUUCUUCAACAAAAAGAAAUUUUGAAUCAUUUGAAAGGCGAGAAAUUCGACGCCGCUUUCACUGAGCAAAUCGAGUUUUGCGGGAUUGGAUUGAUUCAUUAUCUCGAGAUCAAUAAGCUUUUAUGGUUGUCGACAACGCCAUUGAUGGACGCGAAUAGUUAUAAUUUGGCAAUUCCCCAACCACCAUCAUACGUGCCAGUGAUUGAGGAAAGUGAUCACGGUGAUCGCAUGAAUUUUUGGGAAAGAUUGGACAAUCAAAUCAACUAUUUCAAAUCGAUAGGCAUUCAUUUGUAUGGAACAAAUCAAAUGACAAAGAUUUUCCGUGAUCGCAUCUCGCCAGAAUUCCCGUGUGUUCGCGAAUUGGCCUCACGCGCUUCAAUCGUUUUCGUCAACACCGAUCCGAUUUUCGAUCUACCGCGACCGAUCUCUUUAAAGAUUCAAUACAUUGGAGGACUAGGCAUUCACGAGGCAAAACCAUUGGACGAGAAUCUCUCCACAUUGAUGUCAAAGGGUAAACGCGGAAUCGUCUUUUUCUCCCUAGGCUCAGUCGCUCUCUUUGACACAAUUCCAAUCAAUAUUCGCAAAGCGAUCAUUCACGAUUUCAGUCAAAUGACUGAAUAUCAUUUCAUCAUCAAAAUCGACAACAACGAUGAAACAACAGUUGAUUUGUUGAAAGGAGUCACGAAUAUCGAUACAGUUCGAUGGAUUCCACAAGCUGAUUUACUAGGGCAUUCAAGAUUGAAACUUUUCGUCACACACGGCGGCAUCAACGGAAUGAUUGAAGCAAUUUAUCGCUCAGUUCCAUUGGUAAUCGUUCCCAUCUUCGCUGAUCAGUUCCGCAAUGGGAGAAACGCUGAGAUGAGGGGGAUUGGAAAGGCGAUCAGCAAGCUAAAAUUGGCUGAGGUCGGCAAGGUGGUUCGCGAGAUAUACAAAUUCGAUGAGAUCAUUAUCGAAACGUGUAAAAUCUCAUCCAAUGAGAGCAAAGGAAACACUUCUGAAAUGGACAGAAUACGUUUUAUCAUUUGGUCCAUUAGA